GCAACAACAACAGCUGCUGCUGCAGGCGGGGCGCGCAGGAGAGAAGCGCGAGCAGGACGUACGUGAAAUAUUCGUAAUUAUAGAAACUGCGCUCGUCUCCACGGAAACCCGUGCGCGCAACGCGGUGUUGCGAGUUUACCGCACAAGGUUGUGUUGUGUUGUGUUUUUAUUACCGGAUGUAGCGAGCUCGUUCGUGUUUUUCUUCAAAAUGUCAUCGAGUCUAUUUCCAGGUUCACUAGAAAAGUGAAGAUGGCUGAAACAUGAUGUUUGAAGGCUCUAAAGCUUGCAAUGGAUAAGAAGGGUAGCAAUGCCAGCAAGAAGACUGAAGCACCUGACCAGAGGCAGAGCAGUGCAGGGGAUGGGGUGCGCGAUGGCUCCCCUCAUUACACACCGGACUUUAUAAGUUCCUUUGUGAAGCCUCACCAUGCAGGAGAGGGCCUGGGGAAUGCACAGACUCUGCCUCCUGCUGCACAACAGGACAGGUGGGCCACGAGCAGCACACAGACCGUGAACCCCAUCGAAAUUGAAAGCUGUGGCCGAGGGGCCAAGUCCUGGGGGGAGAAUCGGGUGGAAUCUCCCGGGGAACCUUCUUUGGAUGACCUGUUGGACAUGGAGCUCAGGAAGAUUGAGGGAGGCAGUGAGUCCUGUUUUCAAGCGCCAUUCUUUCUGCCUAAUGACAUUUCUGUUUGUGGUGCUGCAGAGGCCAGGGAAUCCCCAAGCUGCUACCCAGACCAUUCAAGUUCUGCUGGAGACUGCAAACCAGGGCCUACGGAAAACAACAAAGCAACCAGCACCUUGGAGUCCCAAAACCACCAGCAUCCCCUGAGUCCUUCUGGUAAUGAAUCUGUUAAUGGAGGUAGGACAAUAAAUCUGGGCCCUCCUGAUUGUGAGAAGGAGCAUAAAAAGAAAUCCAGCUUUUCAGAGCCCGCUGCUUUCGGCUGCAAAUGUAAUGACUGGGACUGUGAAGAGCCCAGGCAUUCAGGCCUGCCAGUCUGGGAAGGAGAAAAGAGGGAGGAGCCUGAGGGAGAACUAGGAGAAGAACAGCAGGGUGACGAGGAGGAAGAGGAUGACGAAGAGCAGGAAUCGCGGAUGAACGGCGGAAGAGGAGGAGGAAUGGAGGAGCGGGUUUCCAGCUGCAGGAAAGGAGGCGGGAAGCGCCACAGGAACAGAGCUGGCAGCCAGAGAGAUUCUGAAGCCGGGCUAAAACAUUUUUGGGAGCAGCCCUCCACCAAGACUGCCUCAGGGGGAAGACACAAGCAGACCCGGCGCCGAAACAACCACCAACAUCAGCAGAGAUCCAAAUCCUCGGCUCCAAAGCCCUUCCUGGUGUGCAGGGAGCUCCUGGAGGAGUCAGUGAAGCCCUGGUGUCUGUCCUGCUUCUGGAUGGUGGUGGACCUGAUUGUGUUUGGGACACACCGCUGUGGGGAGUAUGUAGAAGCGGGUGGGGCGCUGGCUUACUCCUGCUGUGCAGAGCUGUUGGCCCAGAGCACUGACCUGGACUCUGUCAAGGACAAGGCCAGGAGCUCAUUCCAGUGGUGUCAGUGGAGAGGGAGUCAGGCAGCAGAAAGGCUGCAGCAGGCUGGCCACUGGCUGGCUGGCUGGGCGUGCCGUCUCCUCAAGAUGCUCCUGGCUCUGCUCUGUCUCGUCCUCAUGCUCUGUGUGGGCUGCCUCCGGCUCUCCUGGCGCUACGCUAGCUCUGGCUUUACCAGACUUUCUGAGAAAUGGUGGGGACCAUCCUUUCAGCAGCACUGUACCUUCUACUGCUCCGCCACCAGGGCUGGUCUUCAGCGUUGUUGGGACGCCCUGAGAGAAACAAGGACUUGUGGUCUCCUGGUGGGGGCCUGGCAGAGACUGUGGCUGUGGGGUAAAUUCAGGACUGCUGGCUUGUGGGGCUCCAGUGCCCGGACUGCGCCUGAAUUGCCUGGCAGCGGCAGUGCCGCAGGGAAGUACCAGCCUGCCCGGGAGCUGGAGAGGCUGCUGGCGAUGGCAGGGCUGCCUGAAGAGGAGCUGGAUCCCUUCAAGGUGCUGGGAGUGGAGAUAACCGCUUCGGACAUGGAGCUCAAGAAGGCUUAUCGACAGCUUGCAGUGCUGGUCCACCCUGACAAGAACAAGCACCCCCGAGCGGAGGAGGCUUUCAAGGUGCUGAGAGCUGCCUGGGACAUUGUGAGCAACCCGGAAACCAGGAGGCAGUAUGAGAUUAAGCGCAUGGCGGAGAGCGAGCUGACCAAGUCCAUGAACGAGUUCCUUACCAAACUGCAGGACGACCUGAGAGAGGCCAUGAACACCAUGAUGUGCAGCAAGUGUGAGGGCAAGCACAGGAGGUUUGAAUUGGAGCGGGAGGCCAGCGAUGCUCGCUACUGCGGGGAGUGUAACAGGAGGCACGGAGCUGAGGAAGGGGACUUCUGGGCAGAGUCGAGCAUGCUGGGACUGCGCAUCACCUACUUCGCACUAAUGGAUGGGAAAGUCUUUGAUAUCACAGAGUGGGCAGGCUGCCAGCGUAUCGGGAUCUCUCCAGACACUCACCGUGUUCCCUAUCACAUCUCCUUCGGAGCGAAGGACAGCGCCAGCUCGGGCAGACAGAGGACCCCUUCAGAAAGCAGCCCGAAUUCAGCUGCCGAUCUGCAAGACUUUUUUAACCGGGUUUUCCAGGGCUCUCCCAACCACAUGCCAAACGGGGGCUUUUUCAGUCCUCCACCUGCAGGUGGAGCUGCAUAUCCCAGCGGCACUGCAACCCCCACCGCCGCCAGCUUCUCCUCUAGCACUGCUCCCCCAGGGCAGCCCCGGACUGACAGCACCAGACCGAGACGGAAGAAGAAAUUUAGACGGCCUUUCUAGAGUUGAGCAACGACACAAACACAAGCGCAGCGAGAGAGAGAAAAUCAAGAUUGUCCAGAUGAACUGAAACACAGACAGCCUGCACUUGUCAAGUUUGUGAGAAUCUUUGUAAAGAGGCUGGGCUGAGGAUGCUUUUGAAAAGAGUGCUCCCCACCCAGAUACCUGAUUGGAGCACCUGAGAAAUGCACUGACCUGCCAUGUCAAAGAACACUGGGGCCGGAACCAUGUGUCAUUGAUUUCAAUAGAGUGUGUUGUACCGAGGGGAUUAGAAAAGUGGACACUGCAAUGUUAAAGGUCUAGAAUUUUGCCUAAAAGUUUCAAAUAUAUAUAGACCAAAUAUAGCCUUAAUGUUUCCAUACUUAUUCAGAUGCAAUCUAAUGUCGUGACAGAGGGGUUUUUGUGGGCUUUUCAGAUCGGUACAAACAUUACCAAUAUGUUCAAGUUUAAACGCAUUCCUGCUAUUGUAGAAAUCCUGAACGAAAUCAAUUCAAAGAGAAACAUUUCGACUAGAAGUCUAUCUCAAUGACUUCAAUGAAAACAUGAACCUUUUAGAAAGUGAACCGGAAACCAGAUCAAUCUAGAGCUCCAGUACAUGCAGAAAUAAACACAGGCUUUUUAUUCUUGGGUUUAUUUCCUAAAGCAGUUUAUCAGCAUUAUAUAUCUACUUCGUUUUAGAGAUGAGGAAUGAAAGCAAACCUCAGCAUGGCAGGGUAGGAUCCCAGGGUGUUCAACACAGAGAUUGUGUCUCUAAUACUGUCAGGAAGUAUGGGAGUAAUACUUUUACAGGCAUGCUAGUGGGAGGUGAUGAUGGGUUGUUCCAGCUCAAGGAAUGUGUGAAGUUACCAAAAAUCCCCAUUUGGAUCUGGGGUAUGAUCUAGACUAGGGCUUUCCACUCUGCCUCAUUGACACAGUGGCUCUUUGGAACUGCCCAUUGAAGGUGCUGAAUGGGUUUAAAAAGACUACAAGGACUGUUCUAGGAAGAAGCAAGGAGUCACGUGCAGCAUAUUGAUGAUGUAUUGAAACAUGCUUUCAUGUGAAUAUAUUCAUUGUGUUUAUUGUAUGGCUGUAGAGGGACUCCCUGGUAAGAGGUAAGUGUUUGCAUACCUCUAAUCUUUUGGCCUCAUUUUAUCAGUGAAUUGAGGCAAGAGGUCGAACAGUGAGCUGAAUUCACCCAGAUGACCCUAGAUUGUUCCCAGAUUAUUUGGAUUAGGCAUUUGGCUAUCUCUUGUAACACUCAUAAAUACACCACUGUGCUAAUGAAAACAGCAGUCUUUCUUGAGGUUACACUACCACCUGGUGGUCUGUACUUGUAAGUACAGCACAAUACAGGUGAUUCCUAAUUCAAAAUUGUUGUUUUGCAUUGUUUUCAGUUCUACUAAAAUGUUGACGUUACUGAGCAGCCCUCUGGUGGGCACACAGUGCGACACAGCGUCUCUGUCAUGUUUCCUUUGCAUAUCAUCUUGCACAUAAUCUGCAGAUUUCACUUUAACUAUUGAGUUCUGAAUUGCCCUGUAUUUAAACAGAAAUGAUACCAUCAUUGCAUUGCAGCCUCUUAACCCUUAAAGAGCCUUGUAUUAAUAUCCCUCCCUUCUGAGUAGCAUUCCACUGUAUUUCAGCUAACUCUGAGAUGGCUUUGUUGGUACCAGACAAUAAGGGUUAAGUUAAAAGCAAAAAAAAACACGUUUGACAAUCAUGAAAGGGGUUAUUAGAAGCCAUGCUUUAUUAUUAUUUUUUAAAUCUUAAUAUUCACACCACACCCUAAAAACAAAUACCUUUGAUGCAGGGAUUUUAACUACAAAUUCUGACCAAAAUCACAAGUGUCUCUUGCUCUAUUAUUUCAGUAUGUGAAAUCUGAAUUCUCCUCCCACGUCUGAAUCAAAAUCACCUGCCCUAAUUGUUAAGAAAUAGUCAGACUAUUUAUUAGCACUUCAAAGGGCCUGAGUCACAAUAACCUGACAUCAAGAAGUGUUGAUACAACCAGUAUUCCUACUUUGCUGUAGAGCUGCAAUAUAAUACUAUACAAUACUGUUCAUCAAUAAACACGUCUUUUCAAUGUA